GCACCAUCCGUUCCUUAAUUAAUUAUCACCAACAACAAUGGUGUACCAGAAGAACAUCGUCGACGAGGUCUCCGGCUGGCUUACGGUCUUCGAUGACGGCUCUGUGGACAGGACCUGGCGGGGUCCUCCCCAGGUCAAGUUCAUGGCGGAGCCGGUGCCGCCUCAUGACGUUUUUAUCGACGGUGUGGCCGUAAGGGACGUCGUCGACGACGUAUAUCCAGAGCUUCGAGUUCGAAUCUACCUUCCAGAGACUCGCGGUGAUAGGAAUGACAAGUUGCCGGUUGUUCUCCAUUUCCACGGCGGCGGGUUUUGCAUCAGCCAAGCCGACUGGUUCAUGUACUACCAUUUCUACACUCGGCUUGCUCGGGAGGCCGACGCCAUUUUCGUGUCGGUCUACCUCCCUCUGGCCCCCGAACACCGCCUCCCGGCCGCCGCCGAUAGAGGAUUCUCUGCUCUCCUCUGGCUGCGCGAUUUGGCUGACCAGCUGUCGAAUUCACCCGACCAGUGGCUCAACACCUACGCCGACUUCAGCAGAGUAUUCCUCAUCGGAGACAGCUCCGGCGGGAACCUGGUGCACGAAGUGGCCGCACGCGCCGGCGACGUGGACCUGGGUCGGGUGAGGCUAGCGGGCGCGAUCCCGAUCCACCCGGGGUUCGUCCGGUCGCAGCGGAGCAAGUCGGAGCUGGAGCAGCCCGAGUCGCCGUUCCUAACCCUAGACAUGGUGGACAAGUUCUUGAAGCUGGGGUUGCCGGUGGGCACCACCAAGGACCACCCAUUAACCUGCCCGAUGGGUGCAGCUGCGCCGCCUCUCGCAGGACUGAAGCUGCCGCCGAUGAUGUUCUGCGUGGCAGAGAAUGACUUGAUCAAGGACACGGAGAUGGAGUACUACGAGGCGUUGAAGAAGGCGAACAAGGACGUGGAACUGUUCAUCAGCUCUGGAAUGGGGCAUAGCUUCUACCUGAACAAGCUGGCAGUGGACAUGGAUCCUAAGACUGGAACCGAAACCGGCAAACUCAUAGCCGCCGUUGCAGAAUUCAUCGGCCGCCGCGCCCAUUACUGAACUGGUCGCAUGAGGGUGCAGCUUGCUUGAUUAGAGAUUGAUUAUAAUCAUCUUCUCUCCGCAGCAUCUUUUUCCAGAUAAAUAUUACUUGGACUGUUCAUGUACUUGUUUAACAAUGGCAAUAAAUUAAAGUGGAAAUUACAAAAAAUAACCCUCCACAAAUAGAAAAUUCGUUUUUCCCUCUUUUUGACAAAAAAAUAUUUUUACCCCUUACAAAUAAAUAGUUAUAAAAAAUAGUCACUUUACCAUUUUUCAUCAUAA